CCCUCUCUCUCUCUCUCUCUCUCUCUCUCUCUCUUCAGGUGUCUCUCGCCUCGCCAGCCGGACUCCUCUUCCAAUCUUUGUUUCUAUUCUAUUCUAAUAUUCCAAUGGCCUUGCUGCCGUAUGUGCAAAUCUAUUAUAUCUAAGAAGUCACAGCAGAUCAUCAUCCAUAUAUAGAGGAGAGAGAGAGAGAGAGAGAGAGUUGUUUAGUUAUGGCGGGGAACGAGUGGAUAAACGGGUACCUGGAGGCGAUACUGGACAGUGGGGCUGGUGGUGGGAGAGAGGAGAACAGCAACAAGAAGGCGGCGGCGGCGGCAGUGCAGCAGGUGAGAUCAGAGAGAGGAGGAGGAGGCGGGGGGCAUUAUUUGCAAUAUUUCAAUCCCACAAAGUACUUCGUGGAGGAGGUGGUGACGGGGGUGGACGAGACUGACCUGCACAGGACAUGGAUCAAGGUCGUCGCCACCCGCAACACCCGCGAGAGGAGCUCCCGCUUGGAGAACAUGUGCUGGCGCAUUUGGCAUCUCACCCGCAAGAAGAAACAGUUGGAAUGGGAAGACCUGCAAAGGACGGCUCAUCGGAGGUGGGAACGUGAACAAGGGCGCAGGGAUGUGACAGAAGACAUGUCUGAAGACUUGUCUGAAGGAGAGAAGGGAGAUGUAGCCGCCGGAGCCGGGGACAUGACGACCACGGCGGUCACUAUUGAAAGCCCCAGGAAAAAGUUCCAACGUAAUUAUUCCAACCUGGAAGUAGGUUGGUCAGACUCAGACACUAACAAGGAGAAGAAACUUUACAUUGUUCUUAUCAGCUUGCAUGGUUUGGUCCGUGGGGAAAAUAUGGAGCUUGGACGUGAUUCUGACACUGGUGGUCAGAUCAAAUAUGUUGUAGAGCUUGCUCGGGCGCUGGCUAGGAUGCCUGGUGUUUAUAGGGUUGAUCUGUUCACCCGCCAAAUUUCCUCACCUGAAGUUGAUUGGAGCUACGGAGAACCCACAGAGAUGCUAACCACGGGUGCUGAAGAUGCUGAUGCCACAGACAGCGGAGAAAGCUGUGGGGCAUAUAUCAUACGAAUACCCUUUGGUCCGCGCGACAAGUACCUAAGGAAAGAAUUACUGUGGCCGUAUGUUCAAGAAUUUGUAGAUGGAGCUCUGGCGCAUAUUCUUAAUAUGUCAAAGGCCUUGGGCGAACAAAUUGGUGCGGGACAGCCCGUUUGGCCAUAUGUAAUUCACGGCCACUAUGCUGAUGCAGGGGACAGUGCAGCUCUUCUUUCAGGUGCUUUGAAUGUUCCAAUGGUUUUAACAGGGCAUUCACUUGGAAGGAACAAGUUAGAACAACUUCUUAAGCAAGGAAGGCAGUCAAAAGAGGACAUAAAUUCUACAUACAAGAUUAUGAGAAGGAUAGAAGCAGAAGAGCUUUCCCUUGAUGCGGCAGAACUUGUUAUCACGAGCACCAAACAGGAGAUCGAAGAGCAAUGGGGCCUAUAUGAUGGAUUUGAUGUCAAGCUUGAGAAGGUUUUGCGGGCCCGCUCUAGACGAGGGGUCAAUUGUCAUGGACGUUACAUGCCAAGGAUGGCGGUCAUUCCUCCGGGAAUGGACUUCAGUAAUGUGGUGGUUCAAGAAGAUAAUGCUGAAGUUGAUGGAGAACUGACAGCGCUAACUAAUUCAGACGGUUCUUCUCCAAAAUCACUCCCUGCAAUAUGGUUGGAAGUGAUGCGUUUUCUAACAAAUCCCCAUAAGCCAAUGAUUUUGGCCUUAUCAAGACCCGACCCAAAAAAGAAUAUCACCACUCUUGUCAAAGCCUUUGGAGAAUGCCGUCCAUUGAGAGAACUUGCUAAUCUUACUCUUAUAAUGGGAAAUAGGGAUGAUAUAGAUGAGAUGUCUUCUGGGAAUGCUAGUGUCCUGACAACUGUAUUAAAACUGAUUGAUAAAUAUGAUCUAUAUGGCCAAGUGGCCUUCCCAAAGCAUCACAAGCAAAGUGAUGUUCCAGAAAUCUACCGCCUUGCUGCAAAAACUAAGGGAGUUUUCAUAAAUCCAGCUUUGGUUGAGCCAUUCGGGCUCACCCUGAUUGAGGCUGCAGCCCAUGGACUUCCGAUGGUGGCAACUAAAAAUGGGGGACCAGUCGACAUUAACCGGGCUUUGAACAAUGGUCUCCUUGUUGAUCCUCAUGAUCAGCAAGCGAUUGCCAGUGCGCUGCUUAAGCUAGUAUCAGAGAAGAACUUAUGGCAUGACUGCAGAAAGAACGGCUGGAAGAACAUCCAUCUUUUUUCUUGGCCUGAACACUGCCGCACGUACUUGACGAGGGUGGCCGCCUGUCGGAUGCGACACCCACAGUGGCAAACGGACACCCCAUCAGAUGAAUUUACCGCUGAAGAGUCCUUUAAUGAUUCAUUGAAGGAUGUGCAAGAUAUGUCCCUUAGGCUGUCUGUUGAUGGGGAAAAAUCAUCACUAAAUGAGUCAGUUAACGGAGAGAAUGCAACCAAUGGUGAUCCCGAGCUACCAGACCAAGUAAAACAGGUGCUAAGGAGGAUGAAGAAGCCAGAAACAGAGCCCCAAGACUCUGAAAGCGGCGGGAAACUGCAGGAAGCUGGUAAUACUGUUGCAAGCAAAUAUCCCAUGUUGCGGAGGCGGCGGCGUUUGAUUGUCAUAGCACUUGAUUGCUAUGAUUGCAAUGGAGCCCCCGAGAAAAAGAUGAUUCGCAUAAUCAAAGAGAUAUUCAGGGCUGUUAAUUUAGUCUCCCAAACUGCCAGAUUCUCCGGUUUUGCUAUCUCAACAGCUAUGUGUCUCUCAGAAUUAACAGCCUUCUUGAAAGCAGGGAAUAUUCAAAUAAAUGAGUUUGAUGCUUUGAUUUGUAGAAGCGGGAGUGAAGUCUAUUACCCAGGCGCCUACACAGAUGAAGAUGGAAAGCUUUAUCCGGACCCAGAUUAUGCAUCGCACAUCGACUACCGGUGGGGUUGUGAUGGCCUAAAGCAAACUAUUUGGAAGCUACUAGGCUUAAAUGAGGGUGGCCCUGUUCCUUCUACCAGUCCAAUUGAAGAGGAUGUGAAGUCUAGCAAUUCCCAUUGCUUCUCCUACUUUCUCAAGGAUGUCAGCAAGGCAAAGAAAGUGGAUGAUAUGAGGCAGAAGCUUAGGAUGCGGGGUCUCCGUUGCCAUCUCAUGUACUGCAGAAACUCAACAAGGAUGCAAGUUAUCCCUCUCCUUGCAUCUCGAUCACAAACACUGAGGUACUUUUUUGUUCGUUGGAGAUUAAACGUGGCUAAUAUGUACGUAAUUCUUGGCGAAACUGGAGACACUGAUUAUGAGGAACUAAUAUCUGGUACGCACAAGACACUGAUCAUGAAAGGGGUUGUGGAGAAAGGCUCCGAAGAGUUGCUCAGAACAGCAGGAAGCUAUCUGAAAGACGAUAUUGUUCCUGGAGAGAGCCCCUUGGUUGCCUGCACAAGUGGGGAACCAACAGCCGAUGAGAUUGCUAAUGCUUUAAAGCAAAUAUCUAAAUCCACCACGUGAUGGCAUGGCAGAUACUAAUCUCACAUAAUUUCAUUCCGUUAAGUAUAGUGUUUCUUUCUUCAUUUCCGGCAACUUCUAAUGGGGAAUGUAGUAAUAAGAUUAGUACAAGCUAGCGUUUUCAAGUGUGGGAUGCACUUAAAUCUGUUCUGUAGUUAGAAGAUAAUCCCAUUGUUGACAAAUGCUUUUGUUGUCAGAUAUACGAGGCCUCUAUCUAUUCUACAGCA